GCUACUACGAGUAGCUAGCUAGUAAAGCUAAAAACAAGCUUCUUGUUGUCGGACUUAAAAACGGUUUAAAAUGUCCAAAACACACCCGCCGUGUUCGGUAGUCACGACCACCGGAGGACCCUCCUCUUCCUCUUCUUCCUCCCCGGCUGGAGGGUCCACAUCUCCCGCCACGGUGAUGAACGUUCAGCCCGAGAAACCUCAACAUUACACGUAUCUGAAGGAGUUCAGGACGGAGCAGUGCCCUCUGUUCGUUCAGCACAAAUGCACGCAGCACCGUCCCUUCUCCUGUUUCCACUGGCACUUUCUGAACCAGCGGCGCCGCAGACCCAUGCGCCGCCGAGACGGGACGUUCAACUACAGCCCCGACGUUUACUGCACCAAAUACGACGAGGGGACGGGAACCUGCCCCGAUGGAGACGAAUGCCCGUUUCUGCACCGGACGGCGGGCGACACAGAGCGUAGAUAUCACCUCCGAUAUUAUAAAACCGGCUCCUGUAUCCACGAGACGGACUCCAAGGGCCACUGCAGUAAAAACGGGUCGCACUGCGCCUUCGCCCAUGGAUCACAUGACCUGCGCAGCCCUGUGUACGACAUCAGGGAGGUUCAGGUGAUGGAGUGUCAGGGACCCUCGGAGGGAGGGGGAGGCGGAGGAGAGUCGGGUCAGGCGGCGAGUACAGCGCUCAUUGAGAAGAUCCUGAGCGAAGAGCCACGCUGGCAAGAUAACAACUACGUGCUCUCCCACUAUAAAACGGAGCUCUGUAAGAAACCUCCUCGUUUGUGUCGUCAAGGUUACGCCUGUCCGUACUUCCACAACAGCAAAGACCGGAGACGCAGCCCGCACAAACACAAAUACAGAGCGCUGCCGUGUCCGGCCGUGAAGCAGAGCGAGGAGUGGGGCGACCCGAGUAAAUGUGAGGGAGCGGAGAGCUGUCAGUACUGCCACACCCGGACCGAGCAGCAGUUUCACCCCGAGAUCUAUAAAUCCACAAAGUGUAACGACAUGCAGCAGAGUGGCAGCUGCCCUCGGGGGCCGUUCUGCGCCUUCGCUCACGUUGAAAGACCUUUUUCCUCAGAGGAGCCUUCCUUCCCCACCCCCAGCUCCCCCCCGCCCCCCCGGCCUCCGGACCCCCUCCCUGCUCAGGACGCCUGCCCCAGCCCCAUCAGGCUCAGGAUGGGUUCUGGUUCUGGUUCUGGUUCUUAUUCGGACCCUUUCUCCCCCUCUGCGGGGUCAUGUGUGGCGGAGCAAGGGCUUCUGGGUAAUGUGUUGUCUCUGUGCGAGGAUAUGAGCGCGUGGGCCGGAGAGGGGGGGUACGGGAGAGCGCCGGGGUUCGAGAGGGAAGACCAGGCGAAGCAGAGGAGUUUCGCUCUCGAGCAACGACACAGAGAAUUUGCAACAGCACAAAGCAAACAGGACUUGUUGGUGUUUCUGCCAGUAGGAAGCCCCCUCAGUCUCUCCUCCAGCAUCCCCUCCAGUCUGGCUGCCACCCCCCCCAGCCCGGCUCCCAUUGGCCCCCUGGGAUCCAGCAUCUCUUCGGGCAUGAACGCCAACGCCCUGCCUUUCUAUCCCACCAGUGAGACCGUGGAGUCCGUCGUUGAGUCGGCUCUAGAUGAUCUGGAUCUGAAUGAUUUCGGUGCCUCGGGGCUGGAGAGCAGCUCUGCUUUACCCAAUGUGGGAUGCAUGCUGGGAGGUAGCCAGUUCCAGAGUUCAGCUCCAGUAAAUAUCCCGGGGUCUUUUAGCAGCUCCGCCCCUUUUAGCUCGCCUUCGCCUUCUCCACCAAUCAGGACGCACUCUUCGCCUUUCUUCUCCACGCCCCUCUCACAGCCCAGCCAAUCAGAGAGCACCUUCCUGGGACCGUCGCACAGCUCGUUAGGUCUGAAUGGUAUGAGCAGUAAUAUCUGGGAGCACUUCCCCUCGGGGCAGGGCUCUCCGGGGACCCCCCCCACGCUGCUGGCUUCAGGGCCGUGUGCAGAAACCCCUCGUCUGAAGCAGGAGCUGGAGGAGGCUCAGAGGGCGCUGAAGCAGUGGAGCCACAGCUGGAGGCACUCAGCUCAGUCGUGGGCGGCUCUGAAGGCGGACGCAGAGGAGUCUCGAUCUCGUGCUUCUCGGUUAUCGAUGGAGUCGGAGCGAGCGAAGCAGGCGGAGGAGGAGGCGCAGCGGCAGGCCACUCUCCUGCAGGAGGCGCUGGAGAGCUUAAGGAACGGAGAAAACCCUCAUCUGGCUCUCCAUCAGCUGCAGCUGCUGCACCGCCUGCCGCUGGACUCUGUGGUCAGCCUGCAGGCGCAGAUCUGCAGCAGCUUACAGGCGGUGGAGCAGGUGGUGUACAGGAAGCAGAGGCAGUGCUGUGUGACCUGUGGAGAUCCAGGAUCAGUUUCGCUGAUCUGUGGUCACGGCCUGCAGUGUGAGAGCUGCUCCAGCUCCACGGACUGCCCCCUCUGCCCCGAACAGACCCAGGACCAGCAGCUCUCCUGACCCCUGAACAGACCCAGGACCAGCAGCUCUCCUGACCCCCGAAUAGACCCCGGACCAGCAUCUUAUGACCCCUGAACAGACCCAGGACCAGCAGCUCUCCUGACCCCCGAAUAGACCCCGGACCAGCAUCUUAUGACCCCUGAUUAGACCCAGGACCAGCAUCUUAUAACCCCUGAACAGAUCCAGGACCAGCAGCUCUCCUGACCCCCGAAUAGACCCCGGACCAGCAUCUUAUAACCCCUGAACAGACCCAGGACCAGCAGCUCUCCUGACCCCCGAACAGACCCAGGACCAGCAGUUCUCCUGACCCCCGAAUAGACCCAGGAUCAGCAGCUCUCCUGACCCCCGAAUAGACCCCGGACCAGCAUCUUAUGACCCCUGAACAGACCUAGGACCAGCAUCUUAUGACCCCCGAACAGACCUAGGACCAGCAUCUUAUGACCCCCGAACAGACCUAGGACCAGCAUCUUAUGACCCCCGAACAGACCUAGGACCAGCAUCUUAUGACCCCCGAACAGACCUAGGACCAGCAUCUUAUGACCCCCGAACAGACCCCAGACCGGCAGCAUCUUCUGACCCCCUUCUUACACCAGUCAGUCCUGAUUCCUCUCAUAAUACCAGCUCUCUAGAUCUCUAUCUAAUGUUCAGUUGGAGGACGUUUUAUAAUGUGACACAGAUCUGGUUUUGUAUUUGAUAAAUGACCGUCUCUCAGUGAAAGCUCUAGGAUUUUUCUAGUUGGUUACCCGUGGAACACAAGUACUUUUUUUACUAGUUAAUGCUCUUGACCAGCGACACUGUUCUUUACGCCUUUUCUAGAUUUGUGAAAAUAAGACCUGCUUUGACUUCCUCUCAAACUCUAAAAAAGGCCUUUUACACAACGAGGACGUGAUGCAGGAGAACUCGCCUACGAAUGUUACAUGUUCUGAGGCAUUUAAGCCAUCAAAGGGAUGACAGGAUCUGGUAUGAGCUGCCUUCGUAUGAAUAUAUAAUAUUUGAAAUAUAUAUAAUUGGCACAAUUCAACACAAAAAUAUAUCAAAGUACAGCAAAAAACAAUAAACGCUAGCAUUUUACAGAAUUAGCUCACUUUAAAGAACAUGAUACCGGUGUUCUCUCUCUCUCCAUCUACCUACCUCUCUCUCUCUCUAUAUAUAUCUCUCUAUCUAUCUAUCUAUCUGGAAUUGUGUUUCCUGAGGUUUUAAAAAUGUUUGUGCCACUUUUUAAGGUCAAUAGCAACUCUUAAACAUGUCUGGCAUUCAUGAGCUAUCUCAAAAUAAAUAAUCAGGUCUGACUUAAAACGCUUAAAGGGCAUAUUUAGCAUCAUUUAUAAUAUAAACCGCUGACGCCAAAUCGGGGUCGUUAUACCAGUAGCACUUGUAGAUUAUAUCCUUAAUUUUUUCAUAGUUUUUUUUAGCAAAAGAAAUUCUCAAUUACUGUUGAAUAAUAACAGAACAUAUUUAAAAUGUUUAGUAAUAUUUGUUUAAAUUUCUACGACAGACGGCCUCUGUUGAAGCACUCAGGUUUCUCUAACAUUCUUCUGAACGUCAACUGGAAGAGGAAAAGCAUGUUAACGCAAUCAAGGCAAAUGAACUCGUGUGUAGUCUUUGAAAUUUCAUCUUUUUUUUUUACUUUUCAUGUUAAAACCAGCCCGUUUUCUACGUUCAAACAUCGAUGACAGGUUUCUCUGCCAUGUUUUACAUUUGUAGUAAUCUCUGUACGGAAGAGGAUCAGAGUCACAUGUUGGAUACUUUUUGGAGAUCUGAUGAAAGGUUAUUAUUGAUCUGACAUUAAACUCAGAAUUCUCCAUUUUUUUCUGGAAAAAUAUCAAAAUUCUGAAGAUUUUUUGGAAUUCGGGGAAAAAGUCUGAUUAUUUUUGGAACAAAAGUCAGAAUUCAGAUAUUUUUGAAUAGAUUUUUUAAGUAUUCUUUGUUUCUGUUCUUAAAAAAAAAAGAGAAUUUUACAGAUUGUUUUCAAUGUUGGGAAGACAAUCAGAAUUAUUGGAUUCAAAAGUAAAAAUUCUGAAAAGAAACAGACCCAGGACCAGCAGCUCUCCUGACCCUGAACAGACUCCAGACCAGCAUCUUAUAACCCCCAAACAGACCCAGGACCAGCAUCUUAUAACCCCCAAACAGACCCAGGACCAGCAUCUUAUAACCCCCGAACAGACCCAGGACCAGCAUCUUAUAACCCCCAAACAGACCCAGGACCAGCAUCUUAUAACCCCCAAACAGACCCAGGACCAGCAUCUUAUAACCCCCAAACAGACCCAGGACCAGCAUCUUAUAACCCCCAAACAGACCCAGGACCAGCAUCUUAUAACCCCCAAACAGACCCAGGAUCAGCAUCUUAUAACCCCCAAACAGACCCAGGACCAGCAUCUUAUAACCCCCAAACAGACCCAGGACCAGCAUCUUAUAACCCCCAAACAGACCCAGGAUCAGCAUCUUAUAACCCCCAAACAGACCCAGGACCAGCAGCUCUGAACAUUUUUUUAAUUCUGGGAUAAAAGUCAGAAUUCUGAGAAGUUUAGGAACAAAAAUUGAAUACCUUUUUUCUCAGAAUUUUUACUUUUUUCAAGAAUCAUGACUUUAUUAAGUUUUCAGUUUUUCUUUUGCUUUGGGAAGACAGUCAGAAUAAAAAAAUAUGCACAUGUGGCCCUAAUCCUCUUCCGUAUCUUUGACAUGUCACACUGUGUCAAAUCUCGUCUUAUAUAUAUAUUUUAUUCAUACACACGCAUCGUUGAUUAAAUCCAUAGCUAUUUCUUGCACUGAUUAGACAAAGCAUCAGAGAAGCAGACGGAUUAUUGAUCGCUGUUUAAAUGCAAGUCUUUGAUUAAACCUAUAUCUCAGCAUCCUGUCCACAGCUCAUCCAUCACCAGUGUUUCUGUCGGAGUGGAUUCUCCCAUGUUUUUGGUACAGAUCAUUAAAACAAAUUGUAUAUUUUUGGAAGAAGAA